CCUAGAAACACAUUGCUAAUGCAGCGGGGCAAGCUUGUUUACUUUCAGUGGUGACUGGUUGCUGCUGAACCAUAAAAAUAAAACGUAAAAAUGACCAAGCUGCAGCUUCUGCACCGCGCGCUGAACGAGCGUCUGAUGGCGGCGGUGGAGCAGAUCAUGGAGAUGGUCGGCUGUACGGUGCUGGAGUACGAAGAGGAGACGACCCGGGUGCGGAAAGAAAACGAGGUCCUGAGACGGAGGCUCCGGUUGAUGGAGAACGCAGCUCCAGCGGAUUGGCCAGGCCCGUCAGAACCUGGUAUGCUUUCCACCCCAGACGAGUCCAAAACAUCCCUGCAAGAGGAGAGUGCUGUCAGCUUUAGAUUUGAACUGGGAUCAGAAGGUCUUGUGUUCAAAACAGAGUCCACUGAUCACCCAGUGAAUGUUAGACCUGAAAGCAGCCUCGCCACAUUACCUCAAAGCACUGAUCAGGGAUCUGCCAUUGCUGGGCCGAGUGCUGGUGUCGACUAUGGCCUGACAGACGGCAUGACCUGGGAAUCUUACCAAAGUUACAUGGCACCUCUUGACUUUGAUCCAGCUUCAAACAGCAGCGUCAGGCGCUGGAGAGAGCAGUCCAGAAGGCAGAGGAUGUCCUUUGCCUGUCCAGAUUGUGGUAAAGUCUUUGGAAGUAAACGGAGGCUGGUAUUUCAUAUGCGCAUCCAUUCCGCAGAUAGGCCGUAUUCAUACCGCAGGCGCAAAGCAUACUUCUACGGCAACAAAAAUAAAAGAAACAGGAAACUGUAUGGCCUCUCACAGCCAUCACAAGAAAUUGCAGAGGAUUUGUCAGAUGGGUCUGAGAAGACUGCACUAGAACAAGAGCAAGCCAGCCCAACUACCGAGAGUGACACUAGUAGUGAUAAAGAUCCACAGAACAGUACUGCCAACCCUUUGCAUCUUGUACACAGGGAAAGAAGAAGAAAGAUCUUGCCUCGUUGCCCUCAUUGCAGUCGAGUGUUUACACGGCCCUGUCGGUUAGAAGCGCACAUAAAGAGACACAUGAUGGAAGCAAGGAGACAUCCUGUAAACCUCCCAAACACAACAUCAUCAAGGAAUGAUAUGGUGGAUGAGAAGAGGAAACCACCCAAGUUUCCGCCAUCAAGUGAAAACAGGGAUGAGUCUGACGAAUCUGCUGGUGAAGAAAUGUUGAAUGAGGACAAAUCUGCACAUCUUAGCAUCAGUGCAGAACAGUUAGCAACCCAAACAAGCACUAUUGCAAGCAGCUUGGAAUCAACCAGUUCAGGGCCAAUAGCUGUUGCUUAAAAUUCCCCAUCAGGAUGUGGAAAGACUAGUUGUGAUUGUGAAGAGAUUUCUGCUAUGCAGUUAACUGUUAUGGGACAGACUCCACUUUUAGAUAGUGUGUUCAAAGAAACCACUUCUGGUGCAAUGCAGAUGUACAUUGAUCCAAAAUUACUUUGUGUUGUCCACUCAGACAGUGAAGAUGAUGUUGAUGAUUUAGUCCUUCUAAAGGUUUAAUAAAAAGAAAACAACCAUAGUGGCUAGCAUACCAAAAUAAAAAUGACAUGUGAACAGCACUGUCAUACCUGAAUCAGUGAUUAAGACUCCAAAUAAUGACUCACAAAUUGCCGCUCCAGAUCCCACAACUAUUGACAGUGCCUUACAACAAAUUGAUCCUAAUUAUGAUGUUGAGUUUGUACCGAAUGAAAGAAAUGAUCAGAGUAUCUCUAAUGAUCUACUCA